GGAAAGAAGUCAUUGUUGCAGUUUUGCCUUAUCUAAAUGGACCGAGUAUCCUGUGUGCAAUAAAUACAUCGAGGGUGAUGCCGAGCGAGUGAAGGAGAGACCCAGAGAGAUAGAGGGAGACAGAGACAGAAGAGAGGGCGAGCGAGAGAUAGGACUUCCUUUCGAAUUUGCAAAGUGAAGUCACUUCCCAAAAUUAGCUGAAAAAAAAGUUUCAUCCGGUUAACUGUCUCUUUUCGCUCGGCUACAACAACAAACGUGCAAGUGAGGGGAGAAGGCCGGGCUCCGGCUGCGGGGGUCGGGGGUCCCGGGGGUCCCGGCGCCGGACAGGAGAGGGCGGCCGGGGGCUUCGCCAGGGCCGCGGGGGCCGGCUCGCCUCAAACCGGGUCAAUGUGUGGAAUAUUGAGGGGUUCGGCCGCAGACCAAGCCAGAUGGACGGGACCAUUAAGGAGGCUCUGUCGGUGGUGAGCGACGACCAGUCCCUCUUUGACUCAACGUACGGAGCCGCGGCGACACAGCUGCCGAAGGCCGACAUGACUGCCUCGGGGAGCCCGGACUACGGUCAGCCCCACAAGAUCAACCCCCUCCCGCCCCAGCAGGACUGGAUCAACCAGCCCGUCAGGGUCAGCGUCAAGCGAGAGUAUGACCACAUGAAUGGAUCCAGGGAAUCUCCAGUGGAUUGCAGUGUGAGCAAAUGCGGCAAGCUGGUGGGCAGCGGCGAGUCCAACCCGAUGAACUACAACUCAUACAUGGAGGAGAAGAACGGACCACCCCCACCCAAUAUGACCACCAAUGAGCGGAGAGUCAUCGUCCCCGCAGAUCCCAACCUCUGGACCCAGGAUCAUGUGCGCCAGUGGUUGGAAUGGGCGAUAAAGGAAUACGGACUUUUGGAGAUUGACACAACACUUUUCCAGAACAUGGAUGGCAAGGAGUUGUGUAAAAUGAAUAAGGAGGACUUCCUCCGAACCACCUCCCUCUACAACACGGAAGUGCUGUUAUCUCACCUCAGUUACCUCAGGGAAAGUAGCUCACUGCUGGCCUACAACACUCCUUCUCACACAGACCAGUCUCCGCGACUGACGGCCAAAGAAGAGCCUUCUUAUGAUGCAGUGAGGAGAUCAGGAUGGAGCAAUAACAUGAAUUCGGGCCUCACCAAAAGUCCUCCCAUCGGAGGAGCACAAAAUAUGAACAAGAACACAGAACAGCAAAGGCCCCAACCAGAUCCCUAUCAGAUCCUGGGGCCAACCAGCAGUCGCCUAGCAAACCCAGGAAGCGGGCAGAUCCAGCUGUGGCAGUUCCUUCUGGAGCUGCUCUCGGACAGCUCCAAUGCCAACUGCAUCACCUGGGAGGGCACCAACGGCGAGUUCAAGAUGACAGACCCCGAUGAGGUGGCACGGCGCUGGGGUGAGCGCAAGAGCAAGCCCAACAUGAACUACGACAAGCUCAGCCGGGCCCUACGCUACUACUACGACAAGAACAUCAUGACCAAAGUCCACGGCAAGCGCUACGCCUACAAGUUCGACUUCCAUGGCAUCGCUCAGGCGCUGCAGCCCCACCCCACUGAGUCCUCUCUGUACAAGUACCCCUCCGACAUCCCUUACAUGCCCUCCUAUCACCCCCACCAACAGAAGGUGAACUUUGUCUCCCCUCACGCCUCCUCCAUGCCCGUGUCCUCCUCCAGCUUCUUCGGAGCAGCAUCCCAGUACUGGACUGCCCCCUCGGGGGGCAUCUAUCCCAACCCGAGUGUCCCCCGCCACCCCAACACCCACGUCCCCUCACACUUGGGCAGCUACUACUAGAAGCCGGGCAUCCUCAAUGGCCUCGUGCUAACAUGAGCUCACGGACUUCCUGGGACCAGCGGAUCUCUCUCUGAUGGAGCCCAACGGGCCUUGGAUUGCAGCACAAAACUGGAAUCUUUAUUAUUAUUAUUAUUAUUAUUAUUAUUGUUGCUGUUGGUGUUGUUUUUAGGGGGCUGGCGGUGGGGGAGGGGAGAAGGAGGGGCCGGGAGCCUGAAUUUUGGCUUCCUGUCUCCCUCAAGCAGAGACAGAUGAACCAUUCAGUUAGUCCUCUGGCUUGGAGUCCUCUGGCUUGGAGUCCUCUGCCCCUUCCUCUCCAAAUCAGGCAUGCCUAUUUUUCAGAGGAAUCAGGAAUGGUUAGAAGCUUAUUUCUUAGUCGGGGGGAUGGGGUGGGAGGGGAGGAUGAGACGGGAGAGGGAAAGAACAAAUUCCUUUGUGUUUUAUCAACGAGAGGCUCCUGUGGAGACUCGGGCCCCACAUCUCUGGCCCAGCUUGACCAUCCAGGCGGUCUGCUGUGUGGAGGUGAUUGCAAGAUAGGGAGCAACUGGCAUCUCAUUUUCUUUGGGGGGAGAUGGGAGGGGGGCAUGGCCCCAGUUCAGAGAAUGACAACUGGAAGGGCAGCUAGGAGGCUGACCGAGUUUUCACCCAACUGGAAAAAAAUCGACGACACUCGUCUGUGUUGGCUGAAUCCAGGGUUCUGCAUUCCCUUCUGCAGUCACAAGGAUGGGGGUGGGAGUGGGGGCUGACCGCUCACUCUGGACCCAGCCCUUCUUAGUGCCCAACCCAGGCAACCAGCUCAAACACACCUGCGCAGCGAAGAAGUCAAUAACUAAUUAAUGAAAAAGACGAACACGACUGUCGGUCCCAGGAACUUUGGCUAGUCAGGGAUUUCGAAACAAAAAUCAGAUCCGCAAACGCUGUGCGUUUGUCAGACCAUUCCGAGGUCAACCAAUCCGAAAGGCAAUUUACUGUAUAAAUUAUGCAGAGUUAUUUUCCUAUAUCUCACAAUAUUAAAGAAAAGGAAAAAAAGAAAAAAGAAAAGCGGCAUAAACGAGUUGACCUCGGUCACAAAUGCAAUUUUUACUCCUGAUUCAGUACGUUUUUUUUUUUGUUUUAAUAUAAUGUGUACAUCUUCUAUCAAUCUGUACAUUUGGGCUGUUGCUUUGUACUUUUUAGCAGGAUAAAAAAAUGAAUAAGGUGUAACGUGAUGUAUCUGUGAAAGAAAGGCAAACUCGAAGGUCAUUCUUCACUUUCAACAGAAGCACUGAUGCCGUUAUUUAAAGAAGGAAGACUAAUCCCCUGCAAUUUUUGUGCUUUUUUGAAAUGUUUAGGUAACAUUAUUGCAAUAACCGCAAAUCUGAAAACAACCACCAAAUCUUCCCUCGUGAAGACGAGGCUUUUGCUACUAUAUAUAUGCAAUGUAUUUUUUUGGAUAUGAAAAUAUAUAUAAUUUUGAAAGUAACCUUUGUCCUUUUUUAACUGUAUUAAGUGGUAAGCUGAAGACUUGUAAAAUAAUGCGACUAAAUAAAUAGUUUCCUUCCCUAAGA